AUGGCACAUGCUCAGGAGUCAAAUGGCCAGCUCGGUGACCACGAGAAGAACCCUCCGCACCAGACUGCGCCGGAGCAGGACUCGACCAAUGUUCUUGGUGAGGGGAGUCCCGGUGUACGUCGCAUUGCCGUCAUCAGUUCGCAUUUCGGGCUCGUGGAUCGCAUCUUCCUCUUUUUCGGCAUUUUCCUCAUCGCCUACGUCUAUGGCUUGGAUAGCGCAGUUCGCUACACAUACCAGACCUAUGCCACCCAGAGUUAUUCCCAGCACAGCUUGCUCGCGACCAUCAACGUUCUGCGCGCCGUCAUCGGUGUCGCCGCACAGCCCACGGCAGCCAAAAUUGCAGACGUGUUUGGACGCAUUGAACUGAUCAUCGUCUCCAUCUUCUUCUAUACCCUGGGCACGAUCAUCGAAACCUUCUCGAAAAAUGUCGAGGCCUUCUCCGCCGGAGCCGUGCUCUACCAGAUCGGAUACACCUGCAUCAUGCUCCUGGUCGAGGUCUUGGUUGCCGAUGUGACCUCGACUCGCUCGCGUCUCUUUUUCUCGUACAUCCCGACUCUGCCAUUCAUCAUCAACACCUGGAUCAGUGGAAACCUCACUUCAUCCGUGCUAGCCGUCGCCUCGUGGAAAUGGGGUAUUGGCAUGUUCGCCAUUAUCUACCCCGUCUGCGCCCUGCCUCUGAUCAUCACUCUGUUCGUUGUCAACCGUCGUGCGAAGAAGUCUGGCCAGCUGGAGUCGUAUAAGAGUUCUUUCCAGUUGCUUGGCGGGAACCGGCUGGCCAUCGAGCUGUUCUGGCAUCUGGACGUGGUGGGGAACCUUUUGAUGAUCAUUUUCCUGGCUUGCAUCCUCGUGCCCUUUACGCUUGCUGGGGGUGUCACUGCACAAUGGCAGACUGCCAAGGUCAUCGCGCCUCUGGUCAUCGGCUUCGUGCUGAUUCCGGUCUGGGUGUUGUGGGAGCGUUGGUGCCCGCACCCCAUGAUCCCGUUCAAGCUCAUCAAAGACCGUGCCGUCUGGGCUGCUCUCGGAAUUGCCCUGAUGAUCAACACUGCGUACUAUAUGCAGUCGAACUACCUAAUCACCGUGCUCUACGUCAGCUUUGACGAGUCCAACUUGAGCGCCACCCGUAUAUACUCUCUGUACAGCUUCGCCUCGGUGAUUACGGGGACGAUCCUCGGUUUCAUUGUGAUUAAGGUCCGCCAACUCAAGCCUUUCAUCAUUGCCGGCACGGCCUUGUACAUGGUUGCUUUCGGUAUUCUCAUCCACUUCCGUGGUGGCACGGGAGGUUCCAGCCAUUCCGGAGUGAUUGGUGGCCAGGUUCUUUUGGGUAUUGCUGGUGGACUUUUCCCCUACGCCACACAGGCCAGUAUCCAGGCCGCCUCGAAGCACGAACAUCUCGCCGUCAUCACUGGUAUCUUCCUAGCUUUCUACAACCUCGGCAACGCCAUUGGCAGCACCAUCUCCGGCGCCGUCUGGAACCAGGUCCUGCCAUCGGAACUCGAAAAACGACUCGGCAGCGUAAACCUGGCCAGCGAGGCGUAUGCCCAGCCCCUCGUCUUCGCCGACGCCCACCCCGUCGGCACCUCUGCCCGCAGCGGUGUGAUCUCCGCCUACAUGGAAACCCAGCGCCUCCUCUGUAUCACGGGGAUCUGUCUGACCGUGCCUCUGAUUGCCUUUGCCUUCUGUCUGCGCAACCCCAAGCUGACCAAGGAGCAAAGCUUGAAGAAGGCCGAAGAAUCCGAGAGCGACUCGGCGUCGGCGCGGGAUUAA